UGCCCUGUGGAGAAACGACUCUCAUCACAUUUGAAGGCUGUAGAAAGAUUUUUCUGUGACUGUGUGCACUGUAUGAGAUGUGUCUCUGCUCUUGAAAUGAUAAGAGUGAAUUGCAUAGUACUAUAGAGUGCUUGGUCUAACUGGAAUUGGAACUGACAAGGAAGGAAAAUCCAACAGCUAAUAGUCUCUUCUGCAGUGGUUUUGGAGCACGCCGGCCCGGAUGACCCAGUGAAAACUGUAACUGAUGACCGGACCACUGCAUGUCUUUAAUUGCAGCCUCAUUUCUGCUGGAGCUAGGCUUAUCCUGCAUCCCAGAUAUUUAUAAUCUGAACAUGCUGGAGUUAUGACAUCAUCUGGAGCUGCUGACCAUGACAUGCGUUUGGGGAGGCAUGCAAACUGUUCUGUCAUGGGGACAAUGGGUUGUCAGAAGACUUGCAGGGUGGAGAAACUCCUGAAACAGUCUCAGAGGGAAGUAGUGUGGAGCCAGAGGCAAAGGUUAGCCACAUCAAAGAAGAACAGCCGGAUGAGUGGCACAGAUAAGUUAAGAAAUGAAGUUUUGCCCCACCACCUCCCAAGUGUGCAGCGUUUGGACAGUAUUCGUCAGCAGGACAACAGGAGAGCUCUGAGACUCAACGAGGAGACCCUGAGCCACCAAAGGCUGAAGCAGAAGUUACUGGAGACUGAGAUCAGCACCAGAAGGAAGGAGUGUGAAGCACUUGAGGCGGAGGUGAAGAAAAAGAAUCAAACAUGUCAGACUUUGGAGAAUGAGCUUCAAGAUUUUCUCCAGGAGAACAAGCACUUGAACCUCCAGUUGUUCAAAAAUAGCCACAAGGCAUCUGAGUAUGAGAAGGUGAAGUCUGAGUAUGCCCAGCUCAAAGAGGCCCUUGGUGCUGUGACGCAGGAGAGAGAUUUAGCCCUGUGGGAGAGGAACCAGCUCCAAGGCAAACUGGAGAACCUAGAGCAGGUGCUCAAGCAUAUGCGUGAGGCUGCGGAGCGGAGGCAGCAGCUAGAGUUGGAGCAUGAGCAGGCCUUGGCUGUACUCAAUGCAAAGCAGCAGGAGAUUGACCUUCUUCAGAAGGCUCAGGUUGAGGCUAAAAAGGAACAUGAAGGCGCUGUCCAUCUGUUAGAGAACCACUUGGACAGCAUGCAGGCCAAAGUCCGUGAGCUGGAGGAAAAAUGUCGGACUCAGAGUGAGCAGUUCAACCUCCUGUCUAAAGAGCUGGAGAAGUUCCGGCUCCAGGCUGGGAAGUUUGAUAUCCUCAGCACUGAACCCUUAACUGUAUGUGAAUCUCCCGGGUCGCCCAACAAAUCCCUGUCCCAGCUCCUUAAUGGACUGGCUGCCCCCUUAGGAAAAGGCAAUGAGGCUCCAACAAGCAGAUCUUUGAUAUCUGAGUUCAUUCGACCACUCCAGAUCAGUGGAGACAAGCCCGAGCUCCUCUCUGUCAAGCCAACAUUCCUCACUCGCACUCGAGGCAGCAGCCCAGCACGGGCUUUCCUCUCUGAGAUGGACAAAGAGCUCAGAUCAACCACAAGGUCCAAACCAAGAUUCACAGGGAAGGUUCGUCUGUGUAUUGCUCGGUACAGUUACAAUCCUUAUGAUGGGCCCAAUGAGCAUCCUGAGGCAGAGCUCCCCUUGGUGGCAGGGAAGUACCUCUACGUUUACGGGACAAUGGACGAGGAUGGCUUUUAUGAAGGAGAGCUGCUGGAUGGACAGCGGGGACUCGUCCCAUCCAAUUUUGUGGAUUUUGUCCAAGAUGAGGAGACACCCUCUGUCCAGCACAGGGACACAGUGGCUAAAGAACCUGGCUACCUCAACCACAGUAGCCUGGGGCCUCAGAGACUGGGGGUCGGCACAGGAACAGGGACAGGAACAAGCAUAAGCAGCCUGCUGUCUGACAGUAAACUAGACUGUCUAAGCACCAGCAGCUUGGGCAUGGACCUCCUGGGCUCUUCCAGCAAUGGGACAGGAACCCUGGAUGUCAGCAUUGACGAGGUCGGUGAAGACAUUGUGCCUUAUCCCCGCCGCAUCAACCUGAUUAAACAACUGGCCAAGAGUGUAAUUAUUGGCUGGGAUCCUCCUGUGGUCCCACCAGGCUGGGGCUCCAUCAGUGGCUACAAUGUCUUGGUGGAUAAAGAGGUUCGCAUGAGUGUCCCCUACGGGGGCAGGACGAAAUCGCUUAUUGAAAAGCUCAAUCUGGCCACCAACACCUACCGUAUCUCUGUGCAGAGCAUCACUGAUCGCGGCCCGUCGGACGAGCUCCGGUGCACUCUGCUCGUGGGAAAGGAUGUUGUGGUGGCACCUUACUAUUUGCGGGUGGACAGCAUCACACAGGUCUCUGCUGAGCUCUCUUGGAUGCCAAGCAACAGCAACUACAGUCACACUAUCUUCCUCAAUGGUGCAGAGUAUGACAUGGUCAAGGCCGGAGGCUACAAGUACAAGUUCUUCAACCUGAAGCCCAUGACAGUUUACAAGGUGAAAGUUGUGGCGCAGCCGCAUCAGGUGCCUUGGCAGCUUCCGAUGGAUCAAAGAGAGAAGAGGGAAAUCUCGGUGGAGUUCUGCACUCAGCCUGCAGUGUGUGUGUUGUGCUCCCCAGGGCCCCCUCUCCCUCCCCAGGAGGUGCAAGUCCAGUGUGGUCAGACUCCUGGGGUCCUGCAGAUCAGAUGGAAGCCGCCGACUCUGACACCUUCAGGAACCUCCAACGGGGCCAGUGUGAUUGGCUAUGCUGUGUGCACAAAGGGACAAAAGAUAGCAGAGGUCUUGUACCCCACAGCAGACUAUGUGACCGUGGAGUUAAACAGGAUUCAGUGUCUGGAGGCCAGGGAAGUCAUUGUAAGGACGUUAUCGACUCAAGGAGAGUCCCAGGACUCGCCAGUGGCCGUCAUCCCGCACAAUCUCUUGGGAUCUCCACGUCUGUCCCACCGAACCACCGCACCUCCCCACCCUAUCCCUCACCCGCAGUCCCACCCAGUGCACUCACAAACCCAUCCUCCUUACCCAUCGACGUACCCCCCAAAUCACCCUCAGCCCCAGAUGCAGCCUCUGCCUCGAGCCCAGCCCCACACGCUGCCCCACGCACAGCCACACUCACAGCCCGUCUGUCACCCACCUCCUCCUCCUCCUCAUUCCCAGCCUCAUUUCCAGUGCCACCCCAUGCCCAAGUCCAAGACGUUAGUAAGUGCCAGAGAGCCAGAAACCAAAGAGCAUGAGGUGGGCCUGCGGCCAGCCCAGCCCUGGGAGCGCUCCCCCUCUCCGCUGCCUCCCAUGCGCGGAUCUAACUUAGAGCCGCCGCACUUCCAGCCACGGCGAUCGCCCUCUCCACAGAGGAUCCUGCCGCAGCCUCAGGGAGUCCCCAUCCCCAACACCAUCGCCAAGGCCAUGGCCAGGGAAGCUGCCCAGAGAGUGUUUGCCGAGGGUAACCGGGUUGAGAAAAGGAAUAUCUUUAGUGAACGAGGUAACGCCUUGCAUCCACUCAACUCGGAUGAGGAGGAGGAUGGCUACGACUCUCCUCAUGCGAGGAGGAGAGGAGCCUCGGUGGAUGAAUUCCUCAGAGGCUCAGAGUUGGGCAGACAGCACCAUCAUUACCACUACAGCCACAGUGAGGAGUACCACACGGAGAGCAGCCGGGGUUCUGACCUGUCUGACAUAAUGGAGGAGGACGAGGAAGAUCUUUACUCUGAGAUGCAACUAGAGGAGGGCCGCAGGCGCAGUAUCAACUCUCACAACACUCUUAAGGCAUAUUACAAGCGUCAGGACUUAGCUGAGGAGAGAGACUGCUGGGACCUCCAGCGGGAGGUGGUGAAGCAGAAGUCGCUCCGGAGCAAGCGUCUCCACAGCAUCCCCGAGGUGGCCGAGGAGGAGUCGGAAAGCGUGGACAGCAUGGGCCAACGCCUGUGCUUCGAAGAGGGCGGGCGACCGGGAACGCCACACACUCAGCGGAGGAUGUACUCCCAAGACACCCACAUGUACAACCAUCUCACCCCCAGCAAGACCUCCCGCCACCUGCAGCGCCAGCGCUCCUCCCCUCGCUUCACCGAUAGCCGCUACUGCUACAGUGCAGACGACCGCAGCCUGGGCCGCCCCAACCGCCAAAACACCAAGAGUCCUGACAGCGGUUUAGACUGCGGCAGUGAGGAAGAAGGCUCGCUAGGGCGGGGUCACCGAGGCUACUAUGCUCACGGGAGCCCACUGCGGGGACCUGUGCGCAUCAUUCACUGUGAGGGCCCGGUAGAAAGGCGGGCGCUGGCUAUGGGCCGUAAAAGAACUCUGACCCGCCAGUGCAGCGUGGAGGAGGACUUCUCUGACGUCCCAGUGACUGCAACCAAGUCGGUACACAGGGGUGACUUUAGGAACAGGGAGCACUUUGGGCCUGGUCGGGAGGCCGGGCCACGAAACUACUCCAGGGAAGGGGCCCUGAGCGAGGGCAGGCUGAACGAGCUGGACAGGGUCUAUUACAGCCCCCACAGGGAGGCUAGGGCCCAGUCUUUGUCCAGGCUCAACCGGGACCAGCCGCUGAUCAUUGGGAACUCACCAUCACAUGGAAGCGCCGAUCGUCUGGACCACUCAGGGAGGAGGCCGGUUCACAUCGGCACCCCCCCUCAGCGACGACCCAUUCCAUCCAUUGAGAUCACCAUGGACAGUAACAGUGAGGGGAGUGAGGGGAACCUCUCACCCGUCAAGGAGGAUGUUUACUAUGGCAGUGUAGCUCGGCGCAGGAUAUGGCGAUCUAUGUCCUCAGAGGAUCAAUAUGACGGCUAUGGCGGUCGCAGGCACGGGCGGGGACGGCGUUCCCCGGAUUACUAUGAGGAAUCAGAGCCAGAGGAGCUGACCCGUGUGUUUGUGGCUCUGUUUGACUAUGACCCCCUGUCCAUGUCUCCCAACCCUGAUGCUGCUGAUGAGGAGCUGCCAUUCAAGGAGGGCCAGAUCAUCAAGGUGUUUGGGAAUAAAGAUACGGAUGGCUUCUACAGGGCGGAGAUUCGAGAACGAGUGGGUCUGAUCCCCUGUAACAUGGUCUCUGAGAUCCAAACAGAGGACGAUGAGAUGAUGGACCAACUCCUUAAACAGGGCUUCCUGCCACUCAACACUCCUGUGGAGAAGUUAGUGAACUGCGACCGUUUCAAAGAUGGCCGCUCAAUAAAUCGCAGGUCCAGAAAGUCCAAGAGAGAGAGGAACAGGCGGAGCGGCCGUCAACACCCGAUGUCAACACGGAGAAUGGUCGCCCUGUACGACUACGACCCCAGAGAGAGCUCCCCUAACGUUGAUGUAGAGUAUGAGGGCAACAGACUGAAUGAGGAGGCUGAACUGACUUUCUGUGCCGGUGACGUCAUCACAGUUUUUGGUGAAAUAGAUGAAGAUGGCUUUUACUAUGGCGAGCUCAAUGGACACAAAGGACUUGUUCCUUCCAACUUUCUAGAAGAAGUGCCUGAUGAUGUAGAGGUUUUUCUCACUGACUCACCAUCUCGAUACCCCCAGGACAAUCCAGCACGGAUAAAGACCAAAAGGGUUCCAUUGGAAAAAUCGGGUCCGCCCAGAAGAGCAGCCUCUCCCACAGUGCGUCCACACAUCCCUGGCUCUGGCCCUGCCACCGUGGGGCCCGGCAGUCCCAUCAGGGCCCCAGUGGACAUGUACUCCUCCAAAAAGAGAAAGGGACUGCUCUCCAAAGGGAAGAAACUAUUGCAAAGACUUGGCGCUGUAAAAUAAUUUCUUGACAUACUUCCGAGAGUGUCAUCCACUUCCUUGUAGUGUUAAAAAAAAAAAAAAAAAAAAAAAAGAAUACAGUGGACAGGUAGCAUUUGUGAGCUUAGCAAAUGCUUUAUUCUUGUACAUCUGUUGUAUACUAGAAUAUUUGUAUUUUGUUAACAGUAUCAACUACAUAUUUUCAACAACACAUUUCAUAUUAUGGUCCCGAGACUUCAUGGUGUCGGCCAACGUAGUAUUGAGUAUCUAACCUCCAAGUCUCUGGCUGAUGACGUUUUUGCUGUAGACAGAGACCGAGCCGGGGGCAUUCUCCAUUUGCACUUGGUCAAGUCUGAUGACACUUAAUACACCACAUUAUGAGUCUGACCAGUGUCUCUGUAUACAGGAACCAGAAUAUCACUCAAACAGAGGGCUCAGUUCAACCCUCGACUUGAGCUUGUUCAAAACAGCCAGUUGCGUAAAUGGUAUGAGAGGUUUGCAUGCUUUACUUCAGCACAUUCCCUCCUGACCCUGUGAGAGCGCAUGCGAUGUGAUGGGCUCAGUACGGAAACCUGGAGCAUGCAGUACUUUUAACAGAGCGUGGCAGACUCGCUGUGCAGUUUACUGUGACAAAUCAGCCGAAUUUACUCCUACUCUUCUGCCCUAUCUUAAAAAAACUGUAAUGGCGGCAAGUGUGUCCCCCCCCCCUACAAACAUGUCAGACACCUACAAAACAAGCACAUACUGUUCCUACUACAGGGUCUCUGCAGUAAAAUGAGCCUGAAUGGAAAUGCCUAGUAGAUCCAACCUUCAUGUAUUUGCCUUAUAAUCGCACAAUGGUUAGUACCUUGUCCAGUGGAGUGUGCAGUUCCAUGCAAACUAUUUGUUUAUCUUGUUACAUCAUAACACAAGCUCUGUUUGCAGAUGUUAAUCCUGACUUGUGAUGUGCAGGGUAUUGUGUGACUGUCGUGAUUUCAAUAGGACAAGAGAUUACACAUAACCGACCAAGACUCCUGUGUCUACAAUGUCCAUAGUCCAUAGUUAAGCCCAAAUAAGAAAAAAAUGAUUCUUAGAAAAUAGAUCAUUCAGAGGAUAAAAUUCUCCCUGAAUAACCAAAUUCUGGCGCUACUGAAGAAACUUUUUUAGUUCAGUUGAGUUUUUGGUGCCACACUGAUGCGCAUCUGAUUGAAUACAAUGACUACUCUUCAAAAAAACAAUAUUACAUAAACAGAUUAAACAAAUAGAAGUAGUUAAUCUGUGUGUCAGCAACUGAUGUCCUUUUGUUGUAAUGCAUUUGAUUCAUAACAUGCAACACUUCCGGGCUUCACUAGAAGACUAAAAGUUUGACUCCUUUCACAGUAGUGAGACACAAGGCUACCUCUAUGCUGCCCCUCCACCCCCAAAUCUAUUAGAUCUGAAAUAUGUUUAUUCAAGCCAAUCUGUCAUUGAUGCCUGUUCAGUGUGUCCCGAGUAAUGUUGGUGCAGGAUACAAGUACUGUAAAUCAAUAUAAUAUAUAUAUCUACACCUUAAUGUAGAGUAGUGAAUGUAUGAUGAAUUGAAAGCCAAUGUAUUUUCAAAGCUGCCCAAAAGGAUUGUGCAGAUGUCCGUCUUUGUGCGUGAAAUGAAACAGUCCACUUUUAUCUCCUCACAUCAUUCUGUUUUCCAUUUCAUCCUCUCAUGUAUUUUAAAAUCUAGCCUAUUUUUUCUACACACAAGAGUUGAACUGAAACUGCCAAAAAAGAAUGUAUGCAAAACAUUCUGUAAUACUUUCUGUACAAUUCUCGGCCACCUGAUGUACAUCUUUUCCUAUUGAUGGACCAUGUCCUCACAUUGCUUCUAUUCAUUUUGAGUGACUGUUGCUCUUUUUGUACUUUGUCCAUUUGUAAAAUUGUUUUUAAAUGUUUAUACUUGAUUUUCAAACUGCCUUUUUUGUACAUUUAACUUUAUAAUCAAACAGUGCAAGCUUUCCCCAUGGUGUCUUGAAGACCAUAUUGUUUAAAAGUCUGCAAUUGUGUGCUAGCUUUAUGAUAAGAAUUAUCAGCCUAUAUUAAUGGUUACAAGUUAUUGUGUGGGUGUGCAUGUGCAAUCUUUUCUAAAAAAAAAAAAAAAAAAUCUAAAUAAAUUUGAUAUUUUGUAAUGUU